AUGAUGGCUCAUCUGAAGAGAAAGAACAUUGAAUCUCAGGAGGGAGCGGUUUCUCUAUCCGGGGCAUUCACAAAGGUGACAAAGAAGAAGGUGAAGAAGAAGAAGUCGCCCCUUUCCGAUAACCUCGAGAAUCAUUUUCUCAAAGAUCUGUCCCCGGCACAACGCAAACUGGCUGAAGCCACAGACCGCAAACUGCAGAACAAUAUUGAUCGCCAUAAAGCAGGUCCACUCUUCUUGAUGAUCCUUCCUGGAGAAAUGGAAGGCUCUUACAUCUUUGUAUGUCGCAAGAAAUAUGGUCAGUUGGCUCGAAACGUGUUGAAAGGGAUAAUUCCGUUCUUGAUUCAUCACCUGUGCGAACUUACCGAUACGCAAGCUGAUCGAGUCUUGGGCAAAUGGAUUCCCAAAUCAGAAAUCCAGGCGACUCGUCGUCAACUCUCGAUUGGCAUGGAUAUGGCGAACGCCAAGGAUAUUGACGAUGGACAAACGGUCACGGGGAUGCUUGAUGAAAUGCACGAACGUGAACAACAACUGGAGGAGGCCUUUGUGGAAAUUGAAGCUUGUGACAACGCCUUGGCGGCUAAAGAUCAGGCCCUGGCCCAGCAGAAGGCCGCGACUGCAGCUCUCCAAGCCCAACUUGAAGCUCUUCAACGUCAAACAGCUCACCACUUGGCAUUCGACUCGCAACCACCUGCUCAAAACAAUAAGGUCUCUCCAGAUCGGUCCGAAUUUACUACGCCACCAAAAAAGAGGAAAAGCAAGGAUACUUCCACGGUCAAAAGAGGAGCGUCGACAGGUCUACGGCUGGUCUUAAGCCGCCCACUAAGUCAACUCGCACCAGCACGUCUGUUCACUUUCAGCAGCCGAAGCAGCGGUCUCAGAAAAAGUCUCAGGUUCACAUGGACACAACUCAGAUGGAUAUAUAUAACUGAAUCAUUAAUUGGUAUUUAUGCUACUUCUAGAGUAUCCAACUGCCGGUGUAAUACGGCUGUAGAGGCCAGGAACUAG